AUGCCAGCUAGCGAUUCUCUCCAGCCGCCCCUGACGCCCGCGGAGCGUGCCAUUUGCAAGGCCUAUGGCGGAUGGACCGCAUUUUGCCAAUCCUUUGGGCUCAAGCCAUGGGACAGUGAGGACGCGGCCGACGGCAAGCGCAUCCUCGAGGGCUUUGUCAUGGAUGAUGAGGAGGCCAAGGCUGGAAAGCAGUAG